AUGUAUGAAGUUGCCUCUAGCAUCGAUGUGGUCCUCAGCGCGAUGAAGACUAAACGGGGUAGCUCGGAGAAGACGUACUACGUGGUAGCUAUCCAGCGAGAUUGCCCUGACAAAGUCGCCAAACUCGUAGAGUUUUGCGGAUGUUUAUCUGUAUAUCCGGGUAUUUCGAUACGUGCAGUCAUGAAAGGUCAUCGCGAAAAGGACAAGCUGAUGCACAUGGCAUCGUCCUGGCAAAAGCUCCUAGGUAAAAGGAUAGAUUUGUCGGAUAUGUCAGAGGUAAGGAUCGUCGGUGAUGAUGAGUUUGAUCACAGCCGACGGAUGGUUCACUUGAUCGGCGACAGCGGAUCAGGGAAAACGACUAUAUUUAAUGCACUCACGGGAGCCGACGAGCGAGUCACACAGAGUAGCACAGGUACGUUCGGAUGCGCUAUCGGCGUUCGACGCGACGGAGGGAAUGAUUACAACAUCAUAGACACGCCAGGCGUUCGCGAUAGUAACGGACUUGAUUCGUCGAAUUCGCAAGCGAUCGCUGGCUUUGUGAGCAAAGCUCCAUACGUUGCUUUGGUCAUAAUAGUGAUUGACGCCAGUGCGCGCAAUCCUAGCAACUGGGCCCCGUUUAAGGAGUAUUACAAGGAGCAGUUUCCCCCGAGCGUGCGAAAGCAAAUAGUGUUCACUACCGAGGCUGGCAAUGAAGCAGAUAUGGAGGGGUUCUUGGAAGAGCACGAGUACGGACUCGACUCAGUUUUUAGCCCCGAAGAACUCCAAAGUGCUCUGAUUAUUUCAAGGAGCCGCGCUAGAGCAGGGCUAGUCCCGAAGCACGUACUGACGGCGAUGUUGAGCAAGGCUUCCGAUAAUAAUACAAUGACUUUGACAGCUCAGAGAUUCUACGACCGCUUUGAGCGAUUAUACAGGAACGAGCUUGCGACUAGGGAUGCAGCCAUUCUUGCUGCAAAGCGGGCGACAUUUGCGAUCUUAGACGACGUCCGAGAAGACAUGGGUAGUAAGGCCCUACACAUAAGUCCACUUGGAGACCAAAAAGAGAACAACAAGUCCGUGGCAGUUAAUUGGGUCAGGAAGGCGCGCCCCAAAGAUCAUGUCAAGCGGUCGUGGAGGGUAAUGUUGACAGCCGCAGUGGUCAGGCCCACUACUAUCUACCAAUUAUUGAUACCGCACGACUGGUGGUCAGAGAUCAGAAUCAGCACUAUUCGGUGCGACCCUCCGUCGUGGUACAACUUUGAUCACAGAGCGUCAAAGAAGUUAGGUUGGUAUAGCGUCGAUGGUGACGAAUUGAUAGCCAAGCUCAAAGAGAGUGACAGGCCCACGCUAAUAGUGCAGUACCAGCGUACCACUCGUGAUUACGCAGCGCUCGGCAAGAGCCUUGGCUGGGGAACCCCGCCCCCAGCAAUCGACACGGCGAAGAUGAUCGAGUCAGUCACUCAACCAUGUGAAGAUGGCGAGACCGAGAUUCCUAGAGAUGUAAUGAACAACUUAGUGAAAACUAGACCUAUAUAA